AACUAGCUCUGUCUCCCAACAUAGCUUCCGAGAAGCUUCCGAUUAAUUUCUUGUGACCCACAUUAACAAAACAAGGCCAAGGUCAACAGACCACGGUCUUUAUCUGUGCAAUCAGUAUUAAGCAGUAGGGGCAGAGUCAUGGAAGGUAUAGGUCUCGUAAAUUUACGUGCUAAGAAGUGAAAUUCUCAACGAUUUUCAUUUAUUGAAUUAUUUUACGUACUUUGAUAUCGUGAGAAUGCCUAUUGCUAGAAGUGAAAAAGUAAAGUCUCUUUACGAUUCAUGUGUGAAUUGUGUUAUAAAUCAUAUCACUUAUUUCAUCCGUCCACAGCAGAAUCAGGAAAAGAUGAUUGAAAUUAGAGAAAAGCACAAUCUUCUUCUUCAGUUACCUUUUCAUAUUUUGGAAGAAAUAUUCGAAAUCCUUUUUCACGAAAGUGUAGCGACGAAAGACGCCAUACUCAAUCUGGUUACAUCACAGUUUACAUUUCUGACACUGUUUGGGAUACCUUAUAAUGAAAAAAACUCCAAGUUUUUCCCAAAGUUUAUGAAAUUGCAAGUUCUGAAGCUUUUUGACGGUGAUGACACUGCAAGCAUGCCAGUAGAUGACCAUUGUUUACAAUUUAUUGGAACUCAUUGCGAACAUUUGAGAACGUUGGAUAUGCAAUACUGCUUCGAAGUUACUGAUGUCGGUAUUCAGUGGCUGUGUUCGAGCACCAUAGAUAACCAGGAAGUUCACGGAGGAACUGGGAAAUGCAAGUCUUUAGAAGUGCUGAAAGUUCAAAAUUGUUGUAAUGUUACCAAAAAGGGGAUACAAGUAGCCCUAGAAAAUUUACCAUUAUUGAAGGUGCUCCAUCAUCAAUUAACUUUUGAUGUCUUGGUAGAAUUGGCUCAGAAAACGGUGAAUCAAGAAGUUCCGAAUGUUCCAACAUUUCCCUUGUCUGUACUGCGAGUAUACGAACAACAAUUGAGGGAUAAGGAGGAAUAUACUAUCGGUAGCAUUGGGAAAGCACUGUCUCUUUGUCCUUCUCUCGUUAGGCUGGAUAUACGCUUAGUGAAAAAAAUUACUGACAGCGACCUACUGGGCAUAACAACUUUAAAAAUGCUCCGUGAACUUACACUGUAUAGAUGGAUAGGAGAAGUAAUUGAUGUCACUUUUGACGGUGGAGUUGACCCACUUCUAGUAGUUAUAGGAAGUUCUUUAACUUAUCUGAAUCUUUCCUGUUUUAGAAUAGUCAAUUUUUCGGCCAUCAUCGAGUAUUGUCCAAAUUUGGGCUGUCUUACUUCUCACUUGUAUAUGCCUCUUCUCUGCUUUCCUAUAAUAUUGAAACAAUUAUUUCGAACUGAAUGUAGGAGGGAGAAAUUUUGUUUGUCACAACUUGAGAGGCUGGAUGUAGAAUACUGUCCUACCAUUUCGUCAUCCGAUAUCUGGUUAGGUUUAUUAUCUUCUCCUUUCCUUACUUACGUUAAUAUUUAUUUUUGCGAUUCGCUUACUGACGAUGUAUUUCAGAAUGCCACAAAAAAUGGCCGUUUCCAGAAUCUAGAGACUUUGUAUCUAACUAAGUGUAACUCGAUAACAUAUCGGGGAAUUGAUGCGUUAAUGACAGAUGCGAAUCCUAUACGCUUUUUAAUUACUAGAGAUUGUAAAAAUCUGAUAAAGGCCGAUGCCGCCCACCUGAAAUUAAAAUACGACAAAUGGAAUGAUGGGAAAUUGCCAUUUAAUUGGUCGUUUGGUUGAUAAACCAACGUUUUGGUAAAUACAUAACUGAUGAAGACUAAAGAUUUGAACGAAUUUUGUACAAUUUUCAUUUAAUUGUAAUCAUCACGUCUGAAUUCUUCACUGUAAUGUUGCAACUUGCUGAUCAUAUUUUUUUCAUCAAAUUUUUGGCAAUAAAAAAUGUUGUGUAGAACUAGAAUGCAGCAAUUCUCGUAAUCGUAAGUGCGUUUUACUUAACUUACUUAACAGAAGUUGUGGGGCAAUUACAAGGACAGACGAUAGAAUACCACUACGAAUUGAUACUUUUCGCUUUGCGGACGGUUCGACUCAGAAAAGUUAUGAACAGAUAGAAAACAUUUACUUUUACUUAGCUCAAGAUGUAUGGCUUGGUAAGAUGGUAUAUAUUGCAUUGAAUCACAUACUGGAUAAUUAGUA